CUAUGCCAUUGGGAAAUGGCCAAAUCUCUUUUCAGUGAUAAUAAAAGUGAAAAACAAAUUGAUAAUAAGUUAAAUAUUAAGAAGCAAUUGAAAAAUAUUCAAACUACACUUUUUACCGCUAAUAUUGAGAAAAUAUCUGACGAUUAUUGUAACGAAACUAAUAAAAGUUCAACUGAUAACAUCAAAAUGAUGGUUUUCAAGUUCUGGCCAUUAAUUGUAAUUAUAGCAUAUCAAUUAAUUGCCCAAACAACUGCUAGAUUUGAAGAUUACAAAGAUGUGACACCAAUUGGUACUGUGAUUGAAUUUAAUGAAGUUAGACAACAGAAUGAACCACCAAUUAAAAUGAAUUUGAAUAAAAAUGAUAUAAAAACAGCUAUUGAAUUUAGUAAACAUGUCAUACAGAAAUUAUCACAAUUAGAAAAAAAUAUAUUAGGAGCUAAUAUACAAAUUAAUAAUAAUACGAUACCAGCGUAUGGACAAUACAUCGAUGAUUCACAUAUUACAACUCCCGAUCAACAGGAACAUAUAUUACAACACGGAAAAUAUGCUUUAAUAUUAUCAAAAGCUACGCAGUACAUUAUUAAUUCGAAGUGUCUAUCACGUCAAGUAUCACCAGCCCAGUGUUUAGAAUACAUAAACAACGACCCAGAAUUAUCAUCAACCAUCUGUGAAAGUAUGGAAACAUAUCCAAAAUCUUUACGAAUUCAAUAUCAAAAAUGUAAAAAUAAACUCUAUCGCACAUACGAUGGUAGUUGUAAUAAUUUGAAAGGAACCAACGGUAAAGCAUUAACAAGUUACAAACGUUUAAUACCACCCAUGUACAGUGAUGGCGUACAGGAACCACGUCGAUCAAUUACAAAACGGCCAUUAACAAAUCCACGCUAUAUUAGUGCAAUGAUUAACGACGAUAAAUUAGUAACACCAAUUGAUCGAACAAAAACAUUGGCAUUUACAUUAUGGGGACAAUUCAUUGAACAUGAUCUAGCGCAUACGGUAUCACGACAUAUGGUGUCAAAUGAUAAGCCAAUACAAUGCUGUGAUAUGUAUGAUAGUUCGUUAUCACCACGACAUAUUCAUCCGGACUGUAUGCAAAUUGAUAUAUCUGAAGAUGAUCCUGUCUAUUCAAGUGAUUAUGUUUCAUGUAUGCGUUAUGUUCGAUCCCAAAUCACUACAAAUCAACAAUGCAAAUUUAGCCAUGUAAACCAAAUGAACGAAGCAACUCACUUCUUAGACGGUUCACACAUAUAUGGCAACAAUGAACAAAAAGCCAAAACUUUACGUAGAUUCCAAAAUGGAUUAUUAAAAACAUCUAGUUAUAGUACCAAUGAAUACUUACAAUUAUCAAAUAACUCCGAAAUAGAUUGUCAACAAUCCAAGAAUGGAAUUUGUUUUACCAGUGGUGAUUCACGUGUAAAUUACCAUCCACAAUUAACAAUCAUGUAUACAAUCUGGACGCGGGAGCAUAAUCGUAUUGCCAAGGAAUUAAAACGAUUGAAUCCCACAUGGAAUGAUGAACAAUUGUACCAAGAAGCCAGACGUAUUGUUAUCGCUGAAAUUCAACAUAUUACGUAUAACGAAUGGUUACCAUUAUUGAUGGGUCCAAAUUAUGAAUUUGAUUCAAACAAAUAUAAUCCAAAUAUCGAUCCAUCAAUAACCAAUAGUUUUGCAACAGCUGUGCUACGUUUCUUAAAUUCAAUGGUUGAUGGUAAUAUUCAAUUAAGUGAUGAAUCACGGAAUGUUAUUCAAACAUUAAAAUUAAGUGACUACUUUAAUCGACCACAAAUUAUCGUUGAAGAUGGUUACUUUGACAGCAUAAUACGUGGAUUCACAUCAAAUAAAUCACCAAAAUCUGAUUUGUAUUUCACCCAAGAAUUAACAACAAAAUUAUUUAAAGGCUCUUAUUACGGUUACGAUAUAUUAGCGUUAGAUAUUCAACGUAGUCGUGAUCAUGGAUUACCAUCAUAUAAUCAUUAUCGUGAAGCAUGUGGAUUAAAAAGAGCACAAACUUUUGAACAAUUAAAGGAUGUGAUACAUACAAAUGUUGUGAAAUCAUUACAAACAGUUUAUCAAAGUCCUGAUGAUAUUGAUCUAUUAAUUGGUUUAUUAGCUGAAACGACAAAUAUUACAAACAAAGGGAAAUUAUUGGGACCAACUGGUUUAUGUUUGUUGCAAGAACAAUUGAAACGUACACAAAUUGGUGAUCGGUAUUUCUACACCAAUCAAGGGCAGCCAAAACCAUUUAGUAGAGAACAACUGAAAGAAAUUGAAAAAGUCACGUUAGCCAGAGUAUUAUGCGAUGACAGUGAUAAAAUCGAAGAAAUGCAGCCAAAUGUAUUUGAAGCUAUUGCAAAUGAAUAUCCAUUAGUCUCAUGUUCCAAUGAAAAAGUAAUACCAAGAAUGAAAUUAUCAGCAUGGAAAUCUUAGAAAUGCUUUGAUCCGAAAUUUAAUCGUUCAUUUUCACCAUGAUUUCGCUUCACUAUUUUUAAUAAUGAAUAUUCUCAUUUUCGUACGACUGAUAAUCCUACAUUUACUUCAUCGAUCGUCGUGUUCAAAAUAAGACUGAUUUUUUUAACGAAUGUAUAUUUAUUUACAUCGAUAUUGGCCCCAUGAAUAAAUUUAGCAGCUAACGACAAAGCGUCAAAGAUUUCUACUAUUAUGGAUUUAUGUCUCAAAAAGGGGAUUUUAUUUAACAUCAUAAAAUGUAAAUUAACUUUGAAACAUUGAAACAUCCAUUUUAUAAAUUACAGUCGGAGGAAACUACCGCGCAAUCAUACAUUUUUUUCGAGUUCAUCGCUAGUUGCUACAACUAUGCAGGGUGCUAACAUACUGAUUCACCUAAUGAAAUAAAAAUCAAAAGUAUAUAUUUCAAUUAAUUGAACGAAUUGAAUUUCUCUUUUGUCAUAAUUUUCAUUUUUUUAAAUCAUCAUUUAGAAUUUAGGCAAUUUCCAAUCACUUUAAAAUAGCAGACAUCGAUUUUAGCAUAUAUUAAACAUUCGCCAUUGUUCAAACUCGUUAGCUUACAAUUGAAAUCAUUUCAAGAAUAACUCUUUAUGCACAAAUUGGAAAUUGACUAAAUUUUUAUUACUGCAUACUGUACUGUGAUAUUAUACCAUAAUAUGCAUAAUUUUAGAAUUAAUUUAGAAUUUUCUAGUU